AUGUUGUUCUCCCUCGUCGCUGCAGUCGCGACAGCAUGGGUGUUUGCAGCAACUGCCGCUGCACAGUUGACGCCGCCCAACAUUGCCUUCAAUGUGACGUCGCUGUCAUCUGCGGGGUUCCUCUGGUACUAUCCCGACGGCCUGCUCAUCACCUCCAACAACACCAAAGUCUGGAACCAGUCAUGGGAAACGACGUCGCCGGGCUCCAACGGGGUGACUUAUGUCGCAGGCAAUUCGUACCACUACGCCCAGCCCUCAACAUCCCCCACAGCUGUGUUCUGUACAUUUGUCGGCAGCCGGAUCAUAUUAUACGGCGGGUACGACAACUUCACCUGGGGCACGGACGGUCGCACGCCGCAAAUGAUGCUCAACUGGACCACGACCAGUGCCGAAACUCUAACUCCGCCGUCAGACCCGACUGGGAAUGAAGGUAUCAUUGCCGACUCUGGAGAGCUAGAAUAUGGGCACCACGAUGUCAAGGUGUUCACCACAUCGGGAUUGGGGUGGUGGAGCGUAUCGUCGGUCACUAUCGAGACGGGCCUGGUGACCACGGCUUCGGAUUAUUCGCUUGUUCCAACGUACGACGAAUACGCGGUCGUCAAUGGCACUAAAAACACUCGUUGGUCGUACCCAGGUGGCAAGUGGGAGGUGCAGUCACCUCUCGAUCAAGCCAGCGCCGAAAUCAUCUCGGACUGGGCCGCCGACAACUUUUCUACUGUCCUCAACGGCCUCGCCAGCCCAAAGGUCGUCAUUGACAUACCGGCCAACACCAGCUACGUGAUGGUCAAUGGAUCGACGGAUACGUUCCAGGGCACCUACUAUGUGGAUAUUGAGCCAAAGCAGUACAACUACCUGUACCCCGCCAAGCUCAACCAGCCCACUGGAUCCGGAAGCAGCUACUACAUCGCGCCCCAUACCAUGGCAAUGACCUCGUUGGACCCGACUGUCAAAUACAACAUGACCAUUGCCGGGGCCACUGGCUCGUCCAACACAAUCGUCAUCAGCGGCGUCAAGUACUGGGCGGGAGUCACAAACAGCACCUGGCCAGAUUUCAGCCCCAUCAACAACACGGUCGUCAUCCACGAUCCGGGAAAGACAAAGGCCAACACGGCCGCUAUUGCCGGCGGUGUCGUGGGCGGCGUGCUGGGCGGCGCCGUCAUUGCCACCAUUGCGUGGUUCUGGUACCGCAAGCGCGCGCGCACAAAGUACUCUGAAGACCCAAACUUUGUCAUAGACGAAGGGCCCGAGCCAUCGCUCCAGCCUUUCCUGCAGGACGAUUCCCGCGGUGUUACUGCCAACAUGAACAUGACGAAUGGCACGUAUGUGACUCAUCAGGCAUACGCCAACAACUCUGGCGCAACCCCGGUCGACAAUUCUGGAGGAUACUCACCCGAGGCCAUGGGCUUCAACAGCCCUGCUGACUCCAAAGCUCAGCAAGCUGCUGCGAUAAGCAUGGCUGGUGGCGCCACUGCUGCCGGCACAGCCGCCGCAGCUAGCCGUCCUCGUCGCCAAGGGGGCGUAGAGCAGGAAUCCGACGCUGGGGGGCUGGAACCGGCCGAAGAUGAGCCUGUCGAGUAUGUUCCUCCCAUGUACGACCCCCAGUGGGCCACAAGGGGGACCGGGUCAUCUGUCGCUGGUUCCUCGGUCACAAACAGCUAUAGUGUCGCAGGUUCAGAAAAGCGUUAA